UGGCAGAAAACACCCAUGAGCUUUACAGGAAGGUACGUGCAGGAAGGGCGUUUCCGAAUUGAGGAGAGGACGCUGACAGCCUUCCAGUGGCUCUACAGCCCCCAGCAGCAUCGCAUCCUCGGCCGUGCUGACCUGGAGUCUCCCUCCCGGAUCGACAAGACCAUGCUGGCAGGCCUGAAGGUCAAGAAGCAGGAGCUGGCCAACAGCUCGGAUGUGCCCCUGCCGGACCGGUCGCUGUCCCCUCCUCUCACGGCACCUCCCACCAUGAAGUCGGCGGAGUUCUUCGAGAUGCUGGAGAAAAUGCAGGGGAUCAAGCUUGAAGAGCAGAAGCCGGGACCCCAGAAGAACAAGGACGACUAUAUCCCGUACCCCAGCAUUGACGAGGUUGUGGAGAAGGGAGGCCCGUACCCCCUGAUCGUCCUGCCCCAAUUUGGGGGCUACUGGAUCGAGGACCCGGAGAACGUGGGCACGCCCACCUCGCUGGGCAGCAGCAUCUGUGAGGAGGAGGAAGAGGACAGCUUCAGCCCCAGCACCUUUGGCUACAAGCUCGAGUGCAAGAGUGAAGCCAGGGCCUACCGCAGGCACUUCCUGGGCAAGGAUCAUCUAAACUUUUACUGUACCGGUAGCAGUUUGGGGAACCUGCUCCUGUCCAUCAAGUGCGAGGAGGUGGAGGGCAUUGAGUACCUUCGGAUUAUUCUCAGGUCCAAAGUGAAGACGGUGCAUGAACGGAUCCCCUUGGCGGGCCUGAGCAAGCUGCCCAGCAUCCCUCAGAUUGCCAAGGCGUUCUGCGAUGACGCAGUGGGACUGAAAUUCAGCCCUGUCCUGUACCCCAAGGCCUCCCACAUGAUUGUGUCCUAUGAUGAGCAUGAUGUCAAGAACACAUUCAAAUUUGGGGUCAUUUAUCAAAAAGCCAAGCAGACCCUGGAGGAGGAGCUGUUUGGGAACAACGAGGAGAGCCCAGCUUUCAGGGAGUUCUUGGACCUGCUGGGGGACACCAUCACCCUGCAGGACUUCAAAGGUUUCCGAGGAGGCCUGGACGUGACCCACGGACAGACGGGGGUGGAGUCGGUGUACACGAUAUUUCGGGACAGGGAGAUCAUGUUUCACGUCUCCACAAAGCUGCCCUUUACCGAGGGAGACGCCCAGCAGCUCCAGAGAAAGAGACACAUUGGGAAUGACAUUGUGGCCAUCAUCUUCCAAGAAGAAAACACACCGUUUGUCCCAGAUAUGAUUGCCUCCAACUUCCUACACGCCUACAUCGUGGUGCAGGCCGAGAGCCCGGGCACGGACACCCCGGCCUACAAGGUCUCAGUCACCGCGCGGGAAGACGUGCCGGCCUUUGGCCCACCUCUGCCCAGCCCCCCUGUUUUCCAGAAGGGCCCCGAGUUCAGGGAGUUUCUGCUCACCAAGCUCACCAACGCAGAGAACGCCUGCUGCAAGUCGGACAAGUUCGCGAAACUGGAGGACCGGACGAGGGCCGCCCUCUUGGACAACCUUCACGACGAGCUCCAUGCCCACACACAGGCCAUGCUGGGACUCGGCCCGGAAGAGGACAAGUUUGAGAACGGGGGCCACGGGGGAUUCCUGGAGUCCUUCAAGAGGGCCAUCCGCGUGCGCAGCCACUCCAUGGAGACCAUGGUGACCAGCCAGAAGAAGCCGCACAGCGGGGGCCUCCCCGGCAGCCUCAGCGGGGGCAUCUCCCACAACAGCGUGGAGGUCACCAAGACCACCUUCUCGCCUCCAGUGGCGGCGGCAACUGCCAAGAACCAGUCGCGGAGCCCCAUCAAGCGGCGGUCGGGGCUCUUCCCCCGUCUGCACACGGGCUCUGAAGGCCAAGGGGACAGCCGGACACGGUGCGACAGUGCAUCCAGCAACCCCAAGACUGUGGACGGCGGGCACUCUUCUCAGGAGAUCAAGUCUGAGACCUCGUCCAACCCCAGCUCUCCGGAGAUCUGCCCCAGCAAGGAGAAGCCCUUCAUGAAGUUGAAGGAGAACGGCCGGGCCAACAUCUCCCGCUCCUCCUCCAGCACCAGCAGCUUCAGCAGCACGGCCGGGGAGGGCGAGGCCAUGGAGGAGUGUGACAGUGGGAGCAGCCAGCCGUCCACAACCUCGCCCUUCAAGCAGGAGGUGUUUGUCUACAGCCCGUCCCCAAGCAGCGAGAGCCCCAGCCUGGGGGCAGCCACCACCCCCAUCAUCAUGAGCCGGAGUCCAACAGAUGCCAAAAGCAGAAAUUCCCCGAGGUCAAACCUGAAAUUCCGCUUUGAUAAGCUCAGCCAUGCGAGCUCCAGUGCGGGUCACUAAUGCGAAAGAGGAGUCCUUCACCUGUCAAAGGGAAGCCCCGAUUCUGUCUUGGAGAAGGCUCCUAUCCUAGCAGUUUGGGGGUGCCAUUCACUACUCUGACCGUCACAGGCCUGUUGCUCCAUCAGCCACCUGCCCACCAGACCAGCUAUCUGUCCCAGUGCCCCGACCGGCACAGCCCUGCCCGCUCCUUUGCCAAGACACCCUGCGAGCCCCUCCCCAUCUCUGGACAAGACGUCAUUCCUCCAGGCUCCCCUGCUCCUGACCCCCCAUGUGCUAUGUGUCUGGGUCAUUUGUUACCUUGUUUUUGUCUGCAGCAGCCAGUGUUGGGUGAGCAGGGAUCUGGGUACUGGGGACUCAGAGAGCCGAGAGGCAGAGCCUGGUGGUGGUGGGGGUGUAGCAGAGGCCCAGAGGGGACUGCGCCUGGGGAGGGACAGCGCCAGGUCCUGGCAGGCAGGCAUUUUGUGCUGCUGGAGGGAGCACUUUUCCAGGAGCCGAAUCUAUAGCUCCUGGAAGAUGUCCUGGUAGAAGUCGGCUCUGUCGCUCCCAACAUCUGUUUGCUUCUGUGCUAGGAGCUUCUUCCCCAUCUGCUGACGGCUGCCAGGGCCUCUGUCCCUACUGCCCGGGCAUGGCCGGGUGAAGCUGCCACAGGGCUGGGCAUGUGGGAGUGGGCACCACACUCUUCCUCACGGCCUCAUUCACACAGGCUCCUGUGUGGUUGCUGUGGGCGAGGCCGGAGCCAGUCUCUCCCUUUGAGCAGAUGCUUUUCCCACGAAGGGGUGGGCGCCAGGAGAGGAGGAGCUGGGAGGGAGCGAGGCAGUGAACGCCUGGGCCUUGGCUGGAGACCCUGAGACCCAGGCCAGGAUCCCUGUCCUGUUGGUGGCGGAGGUUCGUAGGUUUGUGGGGAGUCACUGCAACCCACCUCUUGGUGAGAGCGGGGAGGUGAGGUGGGAGGACUCAGGUGCGGUCAGGCCUUGGUGUGGGUGGAGAACUCAGGUGAGGGGAAGGGGCGGCCUCCUUCUGCGUUUAUGUUCUGGCAUCUGUGGGAGGCCCAGUGCGGCCUGGGGGCUGUGCCCUUUGGCUCUGUCGGGCUCGAUCCCCCCCUUUUGCGCCCUCCCCCCCCAGUCUCCUCUUCCCCUCCCCCGCUGUGGGGCUACAGGCAGCUGUCACAUCGGUGGGAUUCCUGCAGCCUGGGCCCCAGCUGGUGCAGUUGAGACACCUUCUGCCAGGGCCCCUCAGCCGGAGCCACCUCCCCGGGGAAGAGCCAGCGCCACAUUCUUCCUCGAGGCUCUCUGUGGGCAGCCCCCUCCUGGCUGCUCACCACCCCCGAGUCUUCGGGGGGUUUCUGGGUGUCCUCCAGGUACAACGGAGUCUGAAGAGCAGACCCUGGAGGUGCUGCGGUUUCAGGUGCCCCUGGGCCCUCUGUGACACGGGCUGCCAGGCCCUCACGGGCGGAUGACAAGGUUUCCAACCCGACGCUCUAUGUGCAGCGGGUCUGGGCUGAUUCCCGAGUCGAGGCAUAGAAACGUUACCCCUGCUGUUGUGACGGUUCCCCAUUGCUUUAGCAACGAGAGCCAAACCUCGGGCCCUCGUCCCCCACUCACGUGGACCCUGGGGGAUCCUGUCUGCAGGCUGGUGGGCCUCUCCCCUCACACUGUCUGGGAAACGUGUUUACUUCAAGUCCUAGCCCCGUAGAAUGUAUUCUAGUUAGGAGGUCAGCACAUGUCUGCGUAGAGUGGAUUAAACGUUCCUGCAGCAGCACACGCUGCUGCGACGAGGCCGGCAGGUCCUGGCAGCGUCCUGUCGGCUGGGUUCCUGAAGGAACUUGGAAGGUCGAACUGCAUUUCUUUAAAAACAACCCCAGGCUUCUGGCUUGCUUCUCUGGAGAGCUGGUGUUUGCAGCUGCUGGGUGGUGGUGCUGUGUUCGUGGUCUGGGGGGUCCUCUGGGGUUUCCAGGUGGUCCCCACUCUGUCCCGCUUGGGAACCUCAUACCCAC